UGGAGUCGUUGAGGCCUCUGAAACCAUCUGUGUGUUUAGUUUCUACGCUUGACUAAUCGUGUCUGUGAUAUCUGUGCUUCCGUUUUCCUUCUUCACUCGGGAAUAUGUCUUGCUCAUGUGGCUCUAACUGCGGGUGCGGAAGCAGCUGCAACUGCGGAAGCAAGAUGUACCCAGACCUGAGCUACGCCGAGAAGACAAGCAGGGAGACUCUGGUGCUGGGGGUGGCUCCGAUGAAGGCGGAGUUCGAGGGAGCUGAGAUGGGCGUCGCCGCCGAGAACGAGGGCUGCAAGUGCGGAUCAAACUGCACCUGCGACCCCUGCAACUGCAAGUGAUCGAAUCGUGGAUCAGAAAGAAGCAGAGAUGACGACCAACCCUUUAAUUACUUCCCGUUGAUGAUGAUGCAGAAAUAAAAGAAACCAUACACAUAUAUAUGUAGGAAGUGUUUGUGUACGCGUGCUUCUUGUGUUCGUGUUGCCGCCUGCGCCUUAGGGUUUAAUGGCUGCUCUGUUUUCUGUUUGUUUUGUUUUGCAUAAAGUUCAAUCUCUGCUUAUUGAUGUUGACGUUAUCUUGUUGGUGUAAAGAUCGGUGUUAUGGUUGUGUUGUUUA